AUGUUCAAUCGGUUUUCAAACGCGCAAAGCGACUUCAAUCUCGUCCCGGUGGAGUCCGUGCUGGAUCCACCCCCAUCCGAUUACCAAGAUGGAGAAGCGAUAAGUUUUGUGUUUCUAAUUAGUUUAUCGGUGACUUUUGCCGUUCUGAUGGUCAUGCUGAUCAUAGUGGCACUGUAUGUGACGUUUUGCGCAGCAGAUGAGUCCGAAUUCGAUGAAGAAGAGGCAUCUGCGAUGCCCAACAUUUUCCGCAAAAAACGUAGUGGCGUAUUAUUAGACGGAUCAUUUCUCACACCUGGUCAUUUCGACGAUUCCCAAGCGUUGCUGGAACAAGAGGCGUUAGAGUUACCCCGAUUGUCGAGGUUUGAGGUCGAGUUGUACCGUCGCUCUCAAGAACUUCAAAAAAUGUGUCCCCCCAACAUCAAAGAGUUUGGCACCUACAUGGAUGCUGUUGACAAGCAGAUUAUCAAGGAUCGUGGAAUCCAAAGCUAUUAUUUGCUUCCAUCGAUAAAUGAUAAUGUGGAUCAGUAUGGGAAUUUUUUGCCUAGUUUUAUCGUGCAAGACAAGCUCGAUAUUCUGUUCACCAAACAUAACAGAAGCGCUUCCACCAUAAUGAAUUAUCCGCUACCGCACAAUAAAAAGGAAGCAGUGUAUUUUGAGGUCAAAGUUUUCAAAUUGCCACGUACACCAAACUCCAUUUUCAGUUGUGGCCUUACGACAUGUCCAUACCCUUAUUUCCGCAUGCCCGGGAUGGCCCAGUUUUCAAUAGCAUAUGAAUCCACCGGAAAACUGCGAAUGAACAACCCCUUUUACGCGAACACCUUACUCCCCAAAUUGCAAGAAGGCGAUGUGAUUGGUUUUGGUUACCGCUACAGAAGCGGCGCCAUUUUCAUUACACAUAACGGCAAAAAACUUAUGGAUCUAGCUCACAAUGUGGGUAUAGAUUUGUUUGUAGGGAUAGGUGCCAUGAAUGCGGCAUACACCCGAAGUUACAGUCGUGAAGGAUUGCUGGAAGACUGUGACAACGUAUCGCUACGGGAAAGAAUUUUGGCAAGCGAUUUGGACAUGAAGGCACCACGGGUGAUCAAUGAGCAAUUGGAGACCGUGCACGAUCCUUCAGAAUCCGAUCUGGCAUCGGACGAAAUCGAAUUGCAUGUCAAUUUGGGCCAACUUGGCUUUGUAUACGUGGAGGCCAACGUGAAAAAAUAUGCAUUUGGAAGCGUCUUUGGAGAUAUAGGCGUACCUCCAGCCUACAAUGGCGCAGAGACGAAAAAUGAUGUAGUGUUGCAAAAGGGCGAAGAGCUUCCACCGAAGUAUCCCAGCGAAGAGUUGGUACCCAUCACCAGCGGUUCGAUCACAUUGCAGGAGGGCGAACCCAGCUCACUGGACCCUGCAGAAUACGAGCAGGACUCGUCUAGUUUCGAUCGGAUUCACAAUGGGAGCCUGGAGCCAAAACCCAAGAAUACCAAGAAACGUGGUCGCAAGAAGCGUGGGAAACGCAAUGCCAGACGAACCAACCGGUGA